AUUUUUCUUUUUUUGUUCACCAUGAACCUCAACGAUGGUCUCAUACAAGAGGGAUUUACAAAAAUUUUAGGUAGCAUUACAAAUGUCAAAAUCAUUCAAAUUCUAAACCAACUUUGUACUGAAUCACAAAAAAACAAUAAUUUGGCACGAGAUGCCUGCUAUGGUUGCUUCUUCAGAGCAAAUAGUCAAUCAAGUGGAUAUCCGUCAUUAUUGGGAAUGGCUUCUUGUGCUGACAGAUAUCUAAACACAACGGACUAUUAUCACUGUCAAAUAUAUUUAAGAAAUGCAACCAACAACAUUAACUCUAAAUCGAGUCCUGCAAUACUUUACUGCACUUUCCUAGAGUGUGUAAGACAAGUUAAUAAAGAUGCACUGAUACGCGAGUGCCUUAAAGAAGCGAUUCGUGACAGACUUGCGGGUUAUAUAUGCUCAAUUACUGAAAUGCAGUUGUCUCAAAUUUUUGUUAACACCACUGCCUGCAUUCUAGCAAAAACUCGAUGUGGCGCUCAAAAUCCUAUAACCGGAGGACUCCAGGAGGAUGAAAUAACAAAUAAAUUGCACAUACCAAUCAUGAAUGCCAUUCUUGUUAACUCGGAGUAUGAUAUAAAUAUUGUUCAAAUGCCAUUUGGAAAUGGUCAAUUCCUAGACGAUUGUGCAAAGUAUAGAAAGUUGGAGCAAGCAGGUUGGCCUGGUGUAAAAUGUUGAAAUAAUUUAUUUAUUUUUAAAAUAGUAAGUAAUUUUUAUGAGUUUAAAUUAUUAUCUGACUUUUGUAUUAAUAGUUUCGUAUAAGGGA